AUGGCCUCGGUAGAGUAUCGCCUGGCGCCAGAGAACCCUUAUCCCGCCGGCUACAACGACGCCGUCGAUGCAGCCCUGUUCGCGCUGUCUGAAGCAGGAGUAAAUAAGCUAGGAGCGCAGCUGCGUGUGCUUGGCGGUGAAUCCGCCGGCGCAUGGUAUGCUGUCUCCGUUGCAUUAGCUCUCCGCGACAAGCACGGCGUUGAUGUGCAGUCGCAGCUCUCUGCCAUCUGUGCGGGCUACGGCAUCUUUGAUCUCACCUAUACCCCUUCAUGUCUCAACCACAAACGCAACAUCGUCCUGAGUAGCGAUGCAAUGCAGCGCUUCACAGAGGCCGCUUUUGCACAUGUUCCCCUAUGGGAUCGCAAGAUGUCUCAUAUCUCGCCUCUACUGCCUCCAGCGCAGUUUCUGGUUGGGUCAAUCGACCCGUUGCUCGAUGACAGCAUUUUCAUGGCUUCCAAAUGGGCCAACUCCGGCAAUCAAGUGGACCUACACAUCGUAGAUGCAGGGUGCCACGCUCUUACACUGAUACCUAUGGGCGAUGCUACUGAGGAAGGUCUGCAAAGCUUGAUCAGCUUCAUAAAGAAGCAUAUCGAGUAG